AUGCGCAGAGCAGAUACCAUGAAGAAAGACAAUUGGUCUUGUUUCUGGGGAGUGUACAAAAGAGUUGCAGAGGAACAUGAUGGUGAGUUCCUCGAGCAAUACACUGGUGAUAUGGACAUCAUUUUGUCUGGUCUUUUCUCAGCUGUCAGCACAUCUUUUAUAGUAGCAAUGGAGUCUAAUCUCAGUCCCAACCCCAGCGACACCACGAAUGCCCUUCUGAAGCAACUUGUGUACAUCAGACUCAGCAACCUCACUGGAGUGGGCUCCAUGCCUGCAGAUCCAGCAUCUAUGUGGUUGCCGACCAUGCUAACCCUAUGGAUUCAAACAAUCACAUACACAAGCUUGGCCAUGAGCUUGCUUGCUGCAUUUUGGGCCGUACUAGGCAGGCAGUGGCUUGGGUCCUAUAAGUGUUAUUAA